AGAAUGAAAAAGAACAGGGAAAGGAAGGAGGGAGAAAUUUAGGGGUUGUGGAAGUGGGAAACAAUUUUUGAGAUAGGAAGAAUAAGGACAAGAGCCCAGUGGGAGACAUAACUGGGGAUUGUAAAGGCAGGAGUAGAAUUAGAGUCAACUUUGGGGGAAAGAGAGCAGUGACAUCUUGAAAGUGGAAAGGAGAAUUACUGCUCACAUUUGAAGUUAAUGCUCUCCCCGGCCAUCACCUCCCCAUCUAGGUCCUCCUGUGCCACACCACCUCCCAGUUCUUGUCAAUUGACUGUUUGCCUCUCCAGCCCUUUAGAGGCCAUGAGUGAGCUAAAGGACUGCCCACUGCAGUUCCAUGACUUCAAGUCAGUGGACCACCUGAAGGUAUGUCCCCGAUAUACAGCGGUGCUGGCCCGCUCAGAAGACGAUGGCAUCGGCAUCGAGGAGCUUGAUACCCUGCAGCUGGAGCUGGAGAACCUGCUUUCCUCAGCCAGCCGACGUCUUCGGGUGCUGGAGGCUGAGACCCAGAUCCUGACUGACUGGCAGGAUAAGAAAGGUGACCGGCGAUUCCUGAAGCUGGGCCGGGACCAUGAACUGGGAGCCCCUGCAAAACAUGGCAAGCCCAAAAAACAAAAGUUGGAAGGAAAGGCAGGUCAUGGGCCCGGUCCCGGCCCUGGCCGGCCCAAGUCCAAGAACCUCCAGCCCAAGAUCCAGGAAUAUGAGUUCACAGAUGACCCCAUUGAUGUGCCAAGGAUUCCCAAGAAUGAUGCUCCUAACAGGUUCUGGGCUUCCGUGGAGCCAUACUGUGCUGACAUCACUAGUGAGGAAGUACGAACGCUGGAAGAGCUGCUGAAGCCCCCAGAAGAUGAGGCUGAGCAUUACAAGAUCCCACCCCUGGGGAAGCAUUAUUCCCAGCGCUGGGCCCAGGAGGAUUUACUGGAAGAACAGAAGGAUGGGGCCCGGGCAGCAGCUGUAGCUGACAAGAAGAAAGGCAUUAUGGGACCACUGACUGAACUGGACACUAAAGAUGUGGACGCAUUGCUUAAGAAAUCAGAGGCCCAGCAUGAGCAGCCUGAAGAUGGGUGUCCUUUUGGCCCCCUGACUCAACGACUCUUACAGGCUUUGGUGGAGGAAAACAUCAUCUCCCCCAUGGAAGAUUCCCCUAUCCCGGAUGUGUCUGGCAAGGAAUCCGGAGCUGAUGGUGCCAGUACUUCCCCUAGAAAUCAGAACAAGCCAUUCAGUGUUCCCCAUACCAAGUCUCUGGAGGGACGAAUAAAGGAGGAGCUGAUAGCCCAGGGCCUGCUGGAGUCUGAGGACAGGCCUGCUGAGGACUCGGAGGAUGAGGUCCUUGCCGAGCUGCGGAAGCGGCAGGCUGAAUUGAAGGCACUCAGCGCCCACAACCGAACCAAGAAGCAUGAUCUCCUGAGGUUGGCCAAAGAAGAAGUGAAUCGUCAGGAGCUGAGGCAGCGGGUACGCAUGGCAGACAACGAGGUCAUGGAUGCCUUCAGGAAGAUUAUGGCUGCCCGGCAAAAGAAGAGGACUCCCACCAAGAAGGAAAAAGACCAGGCGUGGAAGACGCUGAAGGAGCGGGAGAGCAUCCUUAAGCUUCUGGAUGGAUAGCCAGGCUGGGCCUCUUGGCUCCUGCCCUGCUUCUGUGUUCUUCUCUUUCUUCCAAACCUCAGUGCUUAGAAGAAUGGGAAGACCCUGGUCCCUUCCUCUGGCAGAAUGGGUGGGAGCUGCUGUCUCUUUGCUGCCUUUCUUCACUGGACGUUUUAGACAAUGCGCAGCCAAGGAGCAGGAGGGCUCAGCUGGACCAGAGCUGGCCCCAGGCUGUGCUUGGCUUCUGAUGAGAGAUCGAUGUCUUGGGCUAGGACUCCCUUCUCCCCUGUGCCUGGCUCUUGUCCCUUCUUCCCUCUCUUUUCUUCCAAGGACUUUUGACCAUGUUUUUCUGAGGUGUGAACUUUAGAGUAAACAGACUGCUCUGGUUUUUAAGAACAUAA